UCGAAUGGGCCAAUGAUCAAGUAUCUCAAUCGUGGGUGACGCCCGUGACUCUGCAUGUAUAUUGAUCGUUACUGCGUUAAACAAAGUAAUAUUUUACUUCAGUGGGCCUAGCUAAAACUAGUCGUAAGGCAUGUUUGGAGUAAAAACGCCAGAAGGUGGAUAAAAGGGGACAGAACAAGAAACAUUUUAAUGACUAGGCUGCAGAUGCUAAUCUAGGACGAAGUGAAAAAGGAAAGAAAAAAAUAAAUAUGGCGGCUUUGGGGAGGACUAAGGUUCAGAGCUGGGACAUAAUAAGACACGACCUUAUAGAAGAAUUUGACACCAGCCCUCUUGUAUUUGACCAGGUCCUUGAAUGUUCAGAGACAUACAUGCAUACACAUGGAGGAAAUCUCCCUCCACAGAAUGGACAGGAGUAUUUUGAUAGGCUGGAGGGUAAACUGACAAAGCUGAACAUGUUGGAUUUUCUGAUCACAGUCAUGGAGCAGCUAAAUGUACACACAGAUAUGGGGACAGUGUGCCAGGACAAGGUCCUCAGGGGGUACAGGGAAAAACUGGAGGAAUGCCAGAGGGCUGAGAUGGAAGAUGAAGAGGAGAACAAGAACUUUGUUGGUAGGGAAAAGUACAUUGACGACAUUGUGAAGAUGUUUGAGGAUGACAGAAAUAAGUACAAAGGUGUGUGCAUCCGUGGAAUGGGAGGCUUAGGUAAAACAACACUGGCUAACCAGAUCUGUAGAAAAUUGAAAGGUGAAUGGAGGGUCGUCAAAGUAGAUCUCCGGGAAGUAUUGAAAUUGAGGGACAUGCUCAUGUACAUAUUUAAACAGCUCACCUGUCAGACAUUGAUACGGGGAGAAGAGGAAGACAUUCUAGAGCGAAUCAAGGAGUUUCUGAGAAAAGACAAUGCUAUAGAAUGCAAAACCAUACUUAUGCUGGAUAACAUUGAGGAUGUAAUGGAUGGAGAGGGAACAAAUAGAUUUUUAAAAGACUUCUUCGACAAAUUCAUCAAUUUUAUCGGAGAAUUCGGCGAUAAGUGCAAAAUGCGCCUAUUGCUGACAUCCCGCCUUUCAUUGUUCGAUCAUCCCCGGUUGUCUGGCGCCGUAAGAACACUAUUGAGAUUGUUUAAAGGGCAUGACAGAGUUUAUGGCUUGAUCGUUGAAAAAGAGAUACUCCCUUUUGAGGCCAGUGAAGCUUUGAAACUCUUCGAGAAAAGCAUUGGUGAGAAUCAGAUUGACACCAUACAGAGGGAAAGAAUUGUGGAGCUCUGUGGGUACAGUCCUAUUGCCAUUACCAUUUUAUGUAAAUCCAUGUGCCACGAUGGGUUAACGCCUGAAUCAAUUAUACAGGAUUUGGGACAAAACUUCUGGCUUCGGCGUAUAUUAAGAACACCAAAUGUUGCCGGGUGUCUGGAAAAAUCAUUCGAAUCUCUGAAUCAAUGCGCAAAAAAAAAUCUUAUACGACUGUCUGUUUUUCAUUCAGCGCCAUUUGACAUUUUUGCUGCUGCGGAUGUCCUUAGGACCACAGCUACAAGAUUUGAAUGCAAAAAUGAACCAACGCCAAAGGAAAAAUUAGAUAUCCUGAAAUUGAGAAGUUUUAUCGAGAUUUCAGAACAUGAGGAUACGGUAAGAUACUCACUUCAUCCACUGGUCUUUCACCUGUUGAAAGGCAAAGUAAAGUCAAAACAAUUUAAAAAAGAUUUUCAGAUUGCAAAAGAAAGGUUUGUUGAAUACUUCAGAAAAGAGAUAUGCGAGGUCGCAAAGAAAAUGGACAAAGACUGUAGAAAAGGGAAUAUGGUGCUGGAAAAUAACAUGAAGCAUGUCAAGAAUUUUUAUGAAUUUAUGGCGACAGAUGAUUUGCAGGAACUAGUAAUCACCAAACCAGCUGACAGCAUGACAACGAUAGUGGAGAGCAGGAGAAUUUAUGAAAUUGCAGAUAUCCUUCUGUAUGAUGAUACCAAAUGGAGUUUGAUACAAAAUGCUAUCACAAAGACCAAAGCCAGCGAGGAAAAUCAGUUACGUCAUUUCUUUUGGCGUGUAUGCGAGAUUGCUUUGUUGUUAGACCUGGAUAGAAAUCAAGAAGCCAAAAAGAAAAUUGACUCUUUAGACAAGUUGCUCAGCCCAACGUUGAGAGAGAUGGACGAUAUGGCAAUGGCAGCAGUGCAAGGCAGCUUGUUCUUCCAGAUGGGUAGGUAUUUCCGUAAGGAGUACGACUGUGAAAAAGCUUUACAUUACCUGGAACUUGCUGAGAAGGGAAUAAGGGAAGUGGGGACAGACCAUAAGAUUCUUCUGUCUAAGAUAUACAAUGUUAUGGGCGGAUCAGAAUACAGAAAGAAGAAGCCAGACUACAAAUUGGCCAGGGAGUUUCAUGAACGGGCAUUGCAAAUAAUUAUAGUUUAUACGAACAGAAGAUGUUUUAACAUUGAAACACCAGAAUAUUUGCAAAAUAUUGGAACAUGUUUGUUCAAAGAUGGUGAGUCUCUUCGCAAGAGAGGGAAAGAAAAAGAAGCUGAAGUAAAAUACCAGGAAGCGAUCAAAAGGUACGACGUGGCAAUUCAGCUUGACAAACAGAUGAAGUUGGACAAAAUGGAGUGUCAUGCACAAAUUCUUCAGAACAGAGGCGAAGUGUAUUGUGCAUUGGAGUGUUGGGAUAAGGCUGAGGGCGAUCUGAAACACUCUAUGUCCUUACGACAAAUGAUACUGUCACCUCCACAUAGACAACUCACCUUAGUAUUGUUUAAAACAGCCCAAUUACUGUACAAGAAAGGUGUUUGGCUCUACCACAAAGGAGACAAAGAUCAUGCGAGAGAAUCAAUGUUGUUGGGUAAGGGGCUUUGUGAAAAGAUAUCAGAUUUGACGAUUAACGGAGGCCUACCAGUAACAGAUGGUAACUACUCGGAAGUCAAGGAACUCACCUUCAAACUCCUCGGCACCCUACAGGAGCACCAAACAUCCAAAUUGAUUCGGAACAAAUACAGGAAAUUCGAAAAGGGUGCCUUCGACAAACAAAUCAGCAAAACACGUAGUAUAGGAAAGUCGCACUUCACGCAAAAUCAGAAAUAUAGCAGAACAUGGAGGGAACCAACAGACAAGGCACACUGCGACUCAGACUCCUCCUCUGAUGAUGAUGAUGAUGAUGAUGAUCAUGCUGAUGAUGAUGGCGAUGGCGAUUAUGACAGCGCUCAUCUGUCUAAGAUGAGUGAACGAGAGAAAGCUGUAGACUUAACCGGUGUCACGUAUGUUGGAAAUGCUCGUUUUAUUCGCAAUACUCAAAAAUAUCUUUUCCAAGUCGUUUUGAAGGAAUCCGGUGAAGAGGAGAAUGAGGAGGAGGAAGGGGACAUCGAUAUUGAAGCCCGUAUCUCAGCCUUGAUUGACAAUAUCGACAUGAUAUACUUUGAAAGCUGCAAAAAUGGAAACAACACUAAUGGGGAUGAUAGCAUGCGUCUAAACAUCAAGGAGGAAGACAACACGCAUAGACGCUGCAGUGUUGGUGAGAAUGGUGACCUGGGAAACAGUGAUACUAGCAUACAAGGAAGAACUGUAAGCCCAAUGGAUGUUGGUGAUUGCGUUAUAUAUGAUUCAACAAAGCCAAUUGCGAGUGCUAGAGUAUUGGCCGGCGUAACUCACACGGACACGCACAGAGAGCAAAAUGUCCAGGCGUCAUGUGUGGCCGAGCCAGCGCCACUGGAAUACAACAUGGAUAACGAUUAUGCAUUUGCUGCCUCAGAACAAGUUAACAGAGUCAAUAAUUACAAGAGCAGUGCCAGCCUUCUCUUAGAAAAGCCCAACGUCGAUUUAAUUUUGAAGGGAGAAGAUACCGACACAGAUGAAAUUGAGCCCACAUCAAUCAAACAAAAGAAAAGGAAACGAAGUCUGAAUCAAGAAGUGGGGAAACGAUCUUCGUUGAUGAACUGGAAGAGGAGUAGGAGAUACCGUGACUCAAAUACAUGAUUUGUGCUAAAUAUCUGACUCACAAAUGAAAGAUUGUAUAACAAAAGUAACAAAUGACCAUACAAAUGUAUACAUAUAUAAACAAUAUCACACCUUUAUCUAACAUGUUAGGUAGCACAAGGGUUUAACCCACACGAGUACAUUUACGGUUUUUACGAUUGCUCCUUGUGCACUGAUAAAAUGAUUGUUGUUGUAUAUUUAUAUUAUAAUUGAUGGAAAACUCUACUCAUCUUUAUUCUGCAUCAAUAUUAAUGAUGUGUUUUAGAUAAGAGCUCUUGUAUACACCGUACUAAUCAUAUACCUACAUUUCAUUUUACGUAUUUUAUUCCUAAUAUUUUAUCAUACUUUAUCUUUCACUACAAAGAUGCAUCCUUCUUUCAUUCCCACAUUUCGCACGGCUUUUAUUCCGUAUCUAUAAUGUAUUUCAGAAGAAAAAAUAAACAAAAUGAUGAUCAAAUGGUAAUCAUUUAUGUAUAUAUAAUGUAUUAUACCAAUUAUGAUUACAGAAAUUUGUUACAGUGUUGCUUGGCAUAUCAGUGUAGAAUUGUACUUUUUCAAUUAGUAAAGAAACGGGGGUUUUAUUUUACAGAAUUACAGUCUAACAAAAUUGCUGGACAAAACAUUGUAUAAUUAAGCUUCCCCAAUCAGUACAUCAAUACUUUUGAGUAUGUUUAUUUAUUUUACACCAAUCAAACUUGACAUAAACUACAAAUCAUUUUGUAUUGUAUUUAGUUGUUAAGGGAAUUUAUCUUUGAGGCUGACAAAAUUCAGAACUUCUUAACUAAUGUACAUAAUAAUAAAGUUUGAAUAACUCUUUUAUAAGACAAGCAACAAAUUGAUUGACAUUGUAUAAUAUGUGAAAUCGCUUUAUUUGAUUUCUUGUAAAACAUAAACUACAUGUUGUUUGACAUUGUAUAAAACAUGAUGUUCCUCAUUAAUGUUUCUACAUAAUUUCUAAUAUUUUUAGUAUUUUCAAAUAAAAAAUAAAUAAAAAAAAAUCGGUUUUGCAAAAGUGACAUGUUCCUUUAUAGCUUCCAAACGUCAUAAUUUUCGUUUCUUUGUGUAUAAUAUUCUGUUUUAUAUAUUUAUAUUGAAAUUCAUCAAUUAUUUUAGAUAAUGUUGAAAUAGUUUUGCCAAAUUUGACAUCAUUUGAAUUGUUUCGGGUACAUACUUUCCCAUUUUGUAUGUACUUUUGGUUCCGUAUUAUCAUAUAUUAUUAUAAAUAGUACUCAAAUUUACUUUUUCAGUCGAUAUGUUUAUUGUAUUUAUCAACAAUAUUUAAUGUUGAGUCUUUUUUUGAAUACUUAACAGAUUCACUUAUUGCUUUUUUUUCUUUUUUCAACAUCCUUUUCUACUUUUUCGGAAUAGCAGUAUUUAGUCUAGCCUUUUCACAAAUGAAGUUUCUUCUAUCAAUUAACUUCCCAUAUAUAUUUCUUGAUGACUUUAUUUUGCAAAGAGUCCCAUAUGUCAUCUUUCUUGUGGGUGUCACUUUUUGUAAAGGAACUGAAAAAGCAAAUGUUUUCUUGGAAUACUGAUUUGAUAUGUAUCGUCCAACGAGUUUUACUAUUUUGCUUUUACUAUCCUGUUGUAUUCCAUUUAGUAGUGUUUCUUUCCAUAUUUUUGUAUAUCAGUUUUAUUUGUUUGCUGAAUGUAAAUAGUAUUAUAUCCAUUGUAUGCAUCCCCCUCUUGAUUGUUCUGAACAAACUAUAUUUCCCUGUAAUAUAUCUAUUUUCCUAUUCCACAUAAAUUAUUUUUUAACUUUUGUUUUAUUCUUUCAAAGAUUUAUCUGGUAUAUAACGAGCUUCUAUUUCAUAACCUACCUUAGAUAUUAUUAAUGAUUUGAUGAUUUUGUUUUUCCAAAUAGGGUGCGAUUUCCUAAUUUCCAUACUUGCACGCAGCCAUUUAUCUGUUUUUCAUUUUUCUUUCCAUAAUGCAUCCUUGUCGAUGACGUGUCCGUGAUAGACACCUAAUGUUUUAUAUAUGUUUGUUUAUAAAUAUUUAUAUUUAUGUCUGUUGUUAUAUGUUUUAUAUAUGUUUGGAGCAUAUUAUUGCUCAUUAUUUGAAAAACUGAUGUGUCCGUCUUCCACGGUAGAUACCAGCGGUUUUAUUGUCAAUCUUCCACGGUAGCUACCAGCGGCUUUAUUGUCAAUCUUCCACGGUAGAUACCAGCGGUUUUAUUGUCAAUCUCCCACGGUAGAUACCAGCGGUUUUAUUGUUCAUCUUCCACGGUAGAUACCAGCGGUUUUAUUGUCCAUCUUCCACGGUAGAUACCCGUGGUUUUAUUGUCCAUCUUCCACGGUAGAUACAAGUCGUUUUAUUGUCCAUCUUCCACGGUAGAUACCAGUCGUUUUAUUGUCCAUCUUCCACGGUAGAUACCAGUCGUUUUAUUGUCCGUCUUCCACGGUAGAUACAA